UUUUUCACAAUUUGCAUUCUACUGUCGGAGAUAUCAAAGUGAAGAGGUAACUUUUUGAUUCGGAAAAGCGCUAUUGAAUUUUUAUGAAAGUCGCAUGUGUCAAAUAAAAAACCAUCGCGAAGUGCACAAGAAAUCGACGUGAAAUUGUUCCUUCGGCAUUUUGAAAAUUUUUUCAUGUGCUGUUCGUACUCAAGGACAGAAUUAAGUAUGCGCUUGUGUAGCAAUCACGCGUGGAUUUUCAAGUUCUAGAUAACCAAAAUACAUGGUAGAAGCGGGUACCGUCGGCCAGCGUAUUAAUUUUAAUUACUCCACUACUCCAGAGCGUAAACGAAAUCAAGUAUUAUGAAUUUUGAAGACUAUGAAACCUUACCAACUAACUGCAUUACUACCAACAUGACUGCUGGAGCAAUGGCAGGAAUCAUGGAACAUUGUGUAAUGUAUCCGCUGGAUUCCGUCAAGACAAGAAUGCAGAGCUUAUUGCCUUCGGCAAAUGGCUCGUGUUAUCGCGGUGUCGGCGAAGUUUUGUCACAGAUGGUUACGAAGGAAGGUGUUUUAAGGCCGAUGCGAGGAAUAAGCGCGGUUAUAUUGGGAGCCGGUCCAGCGCACGCUUUGUACUUCUCAUCGUACGAAUUUUUGCGCGAUACAGUUGCACAACAUACCGCUCUAAAUUCUACUUUAUCAUCCGGCAUGGCUGGUUGCGUAUCAACAUUAUUGCACGAUGGUAUCAUGACACCCACUGAUGUGAUCAAACAAAGGUUGCAGAUGUUCAACAGUCCGUACAGUUCGAUCGCCGAAUGUAUACGUAAGGUAUACGGCCAAGAAGGAUUCCGAGCAUUUUACUUCUCGUAUACGACCCAACUGGUAAUGAAUCUACCAUUUCAAAGUUUACAUUUCAUGACUUACGAAUUUUGCCAAAGUAUUACGAACCACGAGCGACGUUACAAUCCGCCAGCUCACAUGAUAUCGGGAGCGAUCGCCGGCGGCAUCGCGGCCGCCAUAACAACGCCGUUAGACGUUUGUAAAACGUUGUUGAAUACUCAACAAGGACAGGUCAAGGUGACCGGUCUUCUAGAAGCAGUCGGAGUUGUAUACAGACUGGGCGGAUUUUUAGGAUUUUUUCGAGGGCUGCAAGCUCGAGUCCUGUAUCAAAUACCGUCCACGGCUAUUUGUUGGAGCACAUAUGAAUUUUUGAAAUACGUAUUAAACAGAUCGCUGACGCAGAAAGAAGAAGGAGUUCUGAUCGCUGUGCCGAAGACGCCGCAUUUAGAAUUAGCGUCGCCAUCUUCGUUGCCUUCGUCGUCGUCGUCGUCGUCAUCGUCGUCGUCGCGAACUAGCUCGUCUUCGAAACAAUCAUCGAUCAGAUGCGAGUUACCUAUUACUAGUUCUCAUCAUGGUGUUUAUAAUGCUUACUCAUUGUCUACCGUGCAUACCAGCGACAAUGUUACCACUAAUUCCAUGAUCGACGUACGACAUAGGUGAUUUUAAACUGAGACUCGCUUCGGUUCCCAGCCGUUCAGUAUGUUCUUUUAUUCGCCAAGCUUAUAGAGCGCCUGCGACGCGCAUCGGUCGUAUCAAAAUACCGUUUUUUUUGGUCAGCUUACGAGAACUAAAAAUCAUUUAUGUACCAUCUUUCGUCCUAUUGUUUUCUUUGGUAUAUCGUACAAACCGUAGUAGCGAAAAUAAGCGAAUGUGCGAAUGCCGCUUGAUGUCGUCGUCUUACGGAGUCUUAACGCUUUGAGUGAUGGUUUUUGUACAACUUCAUGUAGCAGGCUGUGAUAACUUGUACGACGUUCGACUAAAUUUACUCGUAAUUUAGCCCUCGAAUCGGCAGCCGGGUUAAGGAUGAAGUAAUGCGAAUUGGUUUUUCGCUCGCAUUUAAUUAAAACACAACGCAACACGUGUCGAUUACACUAUAUACGAUCGUUUCGUUAUUCAUCUUCGAUGAUAACUUCGAUAUUGUUUUUUUUUUCUCGAUCUAAUUAUCAAAACGAGUAGAUAUCGCGUGUUGUACGUACGAAUUUUGAAAAAGAAAUCUUCUGUAUUUGUAUCGUUUCUUUUGUUUCGUGGUUACGUUACUUUUUUUGUUUUUGUUUUGUUGUAUUAUUCGAAUUAAAUUAUUUAACGAUG